CUCUGUUGCUUUUACUGUUGUGAACUGCUUUUCCCAUGAUCCUCUGGCGUGACGAUCCUUCAACGGUACCUGGCAACAUUUAGUCAGUGUGCUGAUGGGAGCACAGCUGCGAACGUCUUUUUUAAAAACGACUUUUUCAGCUGUCCUGCUCCUGUCGCCGGAUCAGUGUGUGCCUUCCUCCUUGUCACCGUCAUGGAGAAACAAUAUCCCCAGUCUGCGGUGGUCUUUCGAAAUGUGGGUCAGCGCUACUUCCCCCAAACCCGAGUAGAGUGUCACUACAGCGUGACUUCGGCUCAUCAGUGGAGCAGCAGUGACUGGAUUGGCAUCUUUAAGGUGGGCUGGUCAUCCCUUAGCGAGUACCACACAUACUCAUGGUCGCUUGUCCCUGAAGGCUACACUGAAGGAAGCGAUGUUGACUGCUGUGCACUUUUUCACGCCUCCUACCUGCCUCGCCCCAGCACAGUGGAGUACCACUUUGUCUACGUGCACAAGAUGGGGAAAGUUUGCGGCCAAAGCCGACCGUUCACCUUCUGCGCCCCCAAACCUCUGGAUGAGCUGGAGACCUUGAGAGAGGAACGAGAUGAGGAAGAUGGAGACGACGAGGAGGAGGAGCUGCUCCUGGUGGUCCCCAGAGCUCAGCUGCUCCAGAGUGAGCUAGAGGAGUGCUUGAGGGAGAAGGCAGAGUUGCAGCAGGCUGUGCUGGAGGCCAAACAGGAAAUAGAGGAGGAGAGGAGGAGCAGCACAAAAGCAAAGGAGGAGUGGGAGACCGAAAGGGACACGAUGAAGGAGGAGAUUCACCAGCUCUGUCAAAACCUAACACACAAAUGUGACGCCUUGAAGAAGGUGGAAGGAAAACACAAGGAUGUGGAAAGCUGUCAGGAAAAUCUCAACUCCGAACUGAGUCAACUCAUGGCUGAAAAAGUGCACAGUCAGCAACAAAUCAAAGACUUGGAGGAUGAAGUCAAGGUGCUGACUGAAAGAGAGAAGGAGAGAAACGUGGAGUUGGAAAGGCUGAAGGAGAUACUGAUGAAAUUAUCCAGUCAGAUCAAACAUGAUGAAGAAAAGAGAAAGUUGCUACAAGUGGAACACGAGGCCACGCAGACGGAGGUCCGUGGGCUGCAGAGUCGCCUGGAUUCGAGCGAGCGCUUGGCCGAGGGACUUCGCGGGGAGCUGAGGGAGCUGGGCAUCCGUCAGGGCCACGCCCACGCCGAGCUGCACCAAAGCCGCCUGCAGGUGGCCCAGUUGGGCCUGCAGCUCUCUGAGGAGAAGCUUCUUCUCAGAGAAGAGCGUGCCAACUGGGCCCUGGAGAGAGAAGCUUUCAGGAGUGCGGCGCAGGCUGACCAACAGAAAGUGGAGGACCUGAGGAGUGAGGUGCAAAGGAAGGAAGAGCAACUGCAAGCAGAGUUUUGGAGCGAGAGCGACAGUAAUAGAAUGCAGGCGGAUCAGCACAGUGACAAGAAACAACUGAUGGUGCCAGCACUUGUGGACCCAGUUUUCAGUGAAUUGAUGGGCUCCAUCAUGUGGUGAUACAAAGAACUGCAAGUUUGUAGGUUGAGACUGAGCUCUUAGUGUGUGUGUGUGUGUGUGUGUGUGUGUGUGUGUUUGGAGUAUUGUUUCCCAACCACCGGCACGGUGGACACUGGUUCGCACAUCUGUCUCACAGUUCUGGGGACCGGGGUUCAAAUCCCGGCCCCGCCUGUGUGGAGUUUGCAUGUUCUCCCCGUGCCUGGGUGGGUUUUCUCUGGGCACUCCGCUUUCCUCCCACAUCCCAAAAAACAUGCGAGGAUGGUUGAUUGGAAACUCUAAAUUGCCCGUAGGUGUGAAUGUGAGUGCAAAUGGUUGUUUGUUUCUAUGUGCCCUGCGACUGGCUGGCGACCGGUUCAGGGUGUACCCCACCUCCUGCCCGAAGAGAGCUGGGCUAGGCUCCAGCAGCCCGUGAGCCUAGUGAGGAUAAGCGGUAAAGAAAAUGGAUGGAUGGAUGGACACAGAUUUUAAGUUACAAAAAUCUCACGACAAACCACUCCAAAAAAAAGUCCCAAAAAUAUUUAUACUGAAAUAACGAUAAUUGAUAAUUGUUGGUGAUUGCCCUUAAUGCCACCUGUGAAUAUGUUGACAAGCAGAUAAACACUUAAACAAGAUAGGCACCAAUCCAGACUUAUUUUCCAGGUUUAUUGAUGAAUCAAAGGUAAAACCAAAAAUAAAGUACGAUUCCAGCCAUAACUAUUAUAUUCAUACAGAUCUUAUAUCAACCUAAAAAAAUAGCGGGGCUAACAGGCACAGUAUUCUACACAGAAAUACAGAAACCAGCUUCCAAUGAGCACACAAUGACAACCUUGCCAAUAAACAUCAGCACAUGAAGGAAAAAGCAUAAAUAUAUUAAUAAUGCCUACCGACGACAUAACUGAAAACAAGCUGUAUAGUAGAGUGGCUGAUAUUGCAAGCCUUCUGAACAAUCAACAACUAUACUGGAUAUGUGUUGCAGUUAUCUAUAAUUCAGUUUUACCGAGCCAUUUGAGAUAUCCGUAACUCCAUUCUUCCUAUCUACAAUUAGCAUUUCAGAUAUCUGCAAUGACAUUUGGCCUCGGACGAAUGGCAUCACUUCUGCCAUUUAUGUGU